AUGCGCACACCGAAAAAAUUCCACUACAUCUUCAACAUGCGCGACCUGUCGCGCAUUUACCAAGGGAUGUGGAAUGCGAAUCUACCUCCUUCGAUAGACGCAAAGUCGAUCCUUCGCCUGUGGAGACACGAAUGCCUCCGGGUAUUUCAAGAUAGGCUAAUAGAGGAAGAAGAAAAGCACUACCUGGAGCAUAUAAAGUUAAAGCAAAUAAUCGAAGAUACGUUUCCAGACUGCUCUGAGUACGCACUGAGGGAUCCUAUAGUAUGGACGGAGUUCCAGAGCGCCCUUAAGCUCCUAGAGGCUGAAGAGAAGGCCGACUCUCCGGUAGGAGCACUGCAUGAAAUGUCACUUAACCAGUGA